AUGGCAAUGCAUGCUUUAUCGUCCUCGCGUGCUGGGCUUUUCACCUCGCUUCAGGCUCUUCUCCCCACACUCCCUCGCAUGUCCACUGCAAUCACUAUUCCAACAGCUAUCCACCUCAACAUUCCUUCAUUUCUCCCAGAACUCUGGGAAUCAAUACUUCGCGCCGUACCUAAAAAGAAACAGAGUCACUCGAGGAAGCGUAUGCGGCAAUUGGCAGGGAAGGCCCUACAGGACAACAAGGCUCUCAACAGAUGCCCCGCAUGUGGAGGGGUCAAACGCAAAAACGUUCUUUGUGAGAACUGCGUGGAAUCAAUCAAGGCUAUGUGGAGGAAAGAAGGAGAGGUCAAGGACGUGGGGACGGAAAUAACAACAGGCACCCCAUAA